GCUGACACGCCGCAACAACAACAAGUGUCACAAGAAGUGUCAAGAAGUCUCAAGAAGUGUCAAGAAGUCAAAGGCAGGAGACAUUUCGGACAAUAUGCCGCAGGACGACCAGGUUUAUGUGAAUGUUGUCAAGCAAGACAUUGUCAAGUACGAUGUCACUGUCAAGAGUCUUAUUCAGGAGAUAAGGGAACACAAUGGAACCCAAGCAGAGUUGGAUGAAUUAGGGUCCUUUGUUCAUUCACGGAUUAAUCAGCUAAGGGAACAGAUCGAAGAGUUAAAGAGAUUAGCACAGGAACAAGAUAGCGAGAUUGAUCGGAAUGCGUUAGCUGAGGAAGCUAAUAAGAGUGAAAAAAUGCUCCUUGACAACCACAGAGCCUUUCGAAAUGCUGUUCUUGCGGCAAAGCUUGCUAUCAAUCAGAGGAGCAAAGAUGAAUUGUUUUCCAAAGCCGAAGUUCCAGAUGAGGGUGAAGGAGGUCUCCGCCAGAGGGAUAGAAUGAGUCGUGAAAUAAUGAUCAAAAAGUCUUCUCAGCUGACAGAUGAUCUUCUCACUGUAACUCGAUUAAUAAGAGAUAAUACAGACAAAAGCAGCAAAACUGUAGACAGAUUAGUUGAAGGGUCCCAGACAAUUGGCACAACUCAGGAAGAACUGAAGACGAUGGGUUCUGUUAUUGGUCAAGCUCGUAAAAUCCUUAACAAGUAUGGUCGCCGUGAGAACACCGACAAAUUGCUGAUUUUUCUAGGCCUAGUUUUCUUUUUAGCUUCAUGUCUUGUGGUUAUCAGGAACAGAUUCAUAUUUUGAUUUUCUUUCUAAGGUAAUAAAAACAAGGUACACAUUCACAAUUUAAUGACUGCUAUCUACAUGCUUUAUCUAAUUUCAUUUGUGAAUUCCUCUGUUAGCUUAUAAAGAAUAAAAAAGGAAAGAAACUUAUUUCUAAACCUUCAAAUCUUGCACAUAUAAAGGAAAUUAAAAUAUGUAAGAGAGUGAGUAGAUAUUGUAAGCUAUGCAAUAAUGUACUGUCAA